CCAAUUUUUGUGAAAUCAAUCAGAAAUGUUACCUUCGCCAGUAUUGUAGAAAGUUUCAUGGACUAUGCGGCAAUUGGACCAAUCCAAAGAGUUCUACGCAACGGAGAAUACGUUUAUCAAUUUGAUUUUUCAUUUCGACAUUCGUUGUAUGAAAAAAUGCACUUGUGUUUAGAAGCUUCUGAUGAUACAGGCGUGAAAACAGAACAAUUAUGUUUUAAGACGUCAAUAGAGCCGCCAGACCCGUGCUUUAGUUCUCCUUGCAAGAACAGCGCCAUAUGUCAGCAGAGAAACGAUUCUUCUGGAUUGUUCGAUUGCUUAUGCAAAGAUGGUUAUAACGGAAAGUAUUGCGAAAAUGUACCUGCUGUCUGUACCCCAAACCCUUGCAUUCACGGGACAUGCUUUGAUACACAGCGACCAUUUUUUUGUUACUGUUCAGACGACGGUGUGAAUCCAAAUGAUUAUUCCGGCGACUUAUGUGAAACAAAAAUAGAUGACUGUGCAACAAAUCCGUGCAACAAUCACAGUAUGUGCAUAGAUGGUGUCCUCAGUAGUAAAUGUGAAUGUUUUACGAGAUAUAAUGGGACCGACUGUAGAGAAGAUUUAUGCCCUACAUCCAACAGUUCAUCAACCUGCAGCGACAACAGUGGAUGCUCGCAGUUAUGCAGAAACUCUGGAGUCUGUUUUAAAGGCGAGUGCAAAUGUACUGUAGGAUUCACCGGCCCCGCAUGUGAAUACCGUGUGGGAAACGUUUCAGCGAUCUUAAAUUCCGUAUCUUUUGUACCCCCAACUCCAAAAAGCGGUGGCAUUAUCGUAUGUUCGGUCAAGAAUACAACUAUUACCGCAUGUGGCGUGCAGAUAUAUGUGGCUUCUAAAACGGGUCUGGUACCCCUAGUGACCAUGUCGGCUUCGGAUGACAUACGUAAAGCAAGCACUGUCGGCCCGACUGUGCGACAAGAUCUCUUUCAAGGUGUCGAUAAUGUGUUUACAAGUUAUGUGACGAUAAAGGGACGGCCACAAGACAUGAACGGGCAUUAUGUUUGUAUAACAGCUAAGGAUAGUUCAAAUAGUACAAUGAAUGAUACUACCUGUUACCAGCUGAAAUUUGAUUUAAACGGAGGACUAAAUCCGAUGCCGCAGGUACACUUUGUUGAGCCUGCACCACAAACAGACAGUACAUUUGUUUGUUACAUCAAUGAAAGAUGCAGUGUGAUUUUGUAUACCAACAAUGUUACUAAGUGUGAACAUGUUGUCAGCGCUGGUGUCAAGUUUACGGUCUUCGCUCCUUUGGACAAUAAAGAUGGCCGGUGUGUUACAGAAGUCAUGAUUUCAACAGAAACUAUUGACGACUUUACUGGAUGCUUCAGAUCAACAGAAUCCAACUAUGAAGAGCGAUGUUUCCAGUUUAGCAUUAUUGACAAGAACACAGAUCCAUGCGCCAGCUCCGGUGACAUUAUUCAUGGUUACUGUCAGAACCAUGGCAUUUGCUUCACAACAGGUCGGACUGAUUACCAAUGCUUUUGCAACGGUGAAGGCUAUACAGGCAAAAACUGCUCAAAGGGUCCGUGCGUACCAGAAGACAAUAAAUGUAGCACAAAUGGCUACUGUAUCACAGAUGAUCAUGUCAUAACAUGUAUGUGUAAAAACGGGUUUACUGGAGACACCUGCGAUACAGAUAUCGGCGGUACUUUUGCGCCUUCGAUUACUGAUGGGGCAAGAUUCAUAAAUACCGGAAAACCAAAGGAAGUGAACUGCAACAGGAACUUUUUAUGUGGUACAUAUGCGAUUGUGGGUGGCAGCUUCAAUGCCGGAGAAAGACCAGUUGUGAAUGUUGGAUACGUGAGCCCCGAGCUUGAAAUAAAAGACUUUAAGACAAUUAGUCAAAACUCGUCUACAACUCUUUUCCAAACAUUUGUUACAUUUAUGCCAAAAGAAGAAGGAACGUUUGACUUGUGUCUGCAGACCUUGAAUAAUGCACGUGUCAACAAAGACGAGACAUGCUUUGUAGUUCGCGUAACGGAAGGCACAGAUACUGUUUACGGCUUACUGGAUCAUCCCCACUUUGUCCACCCGAGUUUACAACCGGAUUCGACAGUAGAAUGUAAAGCUGGAACGGAAUGUCACGUGAUGUAUACCGUAACGCCUGGGAACCUCCACUCUCAGGAAUGCAUAGACUUCAAGGUCCAAAUACCAGAAACCGAGAAGAGUCAUGUGUUUACCACGUGUCGCCCUUGUGUCGAUGGUAACGUGUCAAACCAUGAGUGUACAAUUGAUAUCGCUAUUCGACCGGCCAAUGAUUCUCGAGUGUGUUUGUCUCUUCAGAUAGCCACAUCUGGCUUGAAAGGCGAAGAUAGAUGUUUCAGCGUAUCUACUAUCCCAGCAUUGAAUGCAGACAAGAAAGGCUGUCAGUUACUCGAAUGCCAGAACGACGGUUUCUGUGAUGGACAUGAUCCCACUCACCCAAUGUGCUACUGCAGACCUGGAUUUUCUGGAAGAAAUUGUCAAGCAGAUAUGAAAAUUCCAAACGGUGGAUGUCAAAACACGUUUAUGUCAGGACCUGUCACAACCGAGAUCGAGUGUUCAUUUGAGAACUGCACUUAUCCAUUUCAAGCAUGUCGAGAUAGCUCUGUAGCAAUAAAAUCUGGAUUUGUAUCCCCACAACUUGAUGUUUACAUCCCUUUUGCGGUCGUCUCGUCGCCCACGACAUGCGAGUGUAAAACAGUCACUUCAAACAUAGAAUCGUUUUCUACAGGAAGAUUUAGUUUCUGUCUUCAAUUGACAGACGCAAAUGGGUUUGUUCAUGAUGAAAUUUGCCCGAACGUGGUUGUUAAAGGAGCAGAUGCUAAAAAUGAAGUUGCUAAGGAUAAACCCUACUUUAUAACACCAACAUUGCCCACUGGAUCUUCAAUUUUGUGCGAGGUCACUUCCGCUUGUCAGCUGACAGUCUAUUACACUGAUGGAGCGACAUUUGGGUCAUCACAAUGCCCGAGUCUUAAGCAAACAAGUUCGAAUUUGCUGGACGGACUGCAUAUUUUCCCGCCCACCCACGUGACACGGGAGUGCAAGAAUGCGAUAACAUACCAACCGCAGACAAACCUAACAGCAGGAGAGACACGUUCACUCUGUCUCACUGUUGCCGUACCUGGGAAACAAGGCGAAGAGAGGUGUUAUAGACUGAAAUUUGUUAACAACAAAACCGAUGAAGUCCCACAUCCCUGCAAAGGAGUCAAUUGUUUCGGAGAUGCUGUAUGCGUCGCAGAUCUACAAAUGAAAUCUGGCACAUGUGUCUGUCCGCCAGGAUAUAUUAGUGGCAAUUGUUCGACAGUUUAUAACACGACGCGAGACCUACCAGGGGUCAUCAACUUCACGGAACACACACAUAGCCCUUGUACACCGCACUUUGACCCAACACAUGCAAUCGCUAAGAAAAUUGCUUGCAUCUUGGGAACUGAAUGUGUCGUUCCUAUCUCCUACACUGGACUUCAAGCAAAUCCUCCUAUAAAGGGCUUUUGUAACAGCACUUUAUCUGUGGGAAGUAAGGUCGUGUCCCCAGAUCCCCACAAUACGAGCUACCACGAACUGUUGGUCAACGUUUCGGGCUCGGAAGGAGAAUAUAAAUGCUGCUAUCAGACAACUGUUAAUGGGACCACUUUUGGAAUGAAUAUUGACGAAAUAUGCUUUUUAAUUGCCAUCCAAAAACUAGAUCAGGGUCUAACAACAAUUCCGAAAAAUACCAGUAUUACACGACCGAAUGAAAACUCAACGUUUAUAUGCUUACCUGAUGUUUCCUGCCAUCUUACAAUCGCAUCGCAGCUUAAAGAUGGAAAUUGCGAACCGAUCAAAGAAUGCGGCGACGGGAUUCUCGGUGCACACGUUUUUGAGACCCAUUUGGGCAGUGAUGGACAAUGUGUGACAGACGUUGCGUACACAUCGGCUGGGAUGCCAGGCUUGAAAGAUCUGUGUAUCAAACCAGGACGCGGUGCAGAAGAGUAUCAUGUCUUCCUCGAUGUACAUAAUUCAACAGGAUUCGGAUCAUGUCAGAAAUUGCACUGCAAAAACGGAGGAACGUGCAUGUCGGAGGAAUUCACACCUACGUGUGCAUGUAAACCAGGUUAUACGGGUCAGGACUGUGACUCAGAUGUCGACGAGUGCGCUAGUAGCCCGUGUCAACAUAAUGGUACAUGCCUAGAUGAACAGAAUAACUACACAUGCACGUGUGCACGUGCUUAUAACGGAGGAAAUUGUGAAAUCGAUAUAGUUACGCAACUCUGUACAAAUGUACCAUGUUAUGGAAAUGCUGUUUGCAAAACAGACCACCAAAUUGUUGGAGCAUGCAUCUGCCCUAUAGGAUUUGUUGGAGAACACUGCUCAGAAGCGUACAACUCUACAAAAGACCUUGUUGGAGUUACAAACUUUACCCAGCCUCCUAACGCCCCCGACACGCCCCAUUUCGACUCAACGCAUGGCAUUAUCAAGCAGUUAGAAUGUAUUGAGGGUCAGAAGUGCAUCGCCCCGAUCUCCUACAAUGGACUCGACUCAAAACCUCCGCUUAAGGGAUACUGCAACAUUACGGCCACAGACGUUGUUAAAACGCCCAAUCCAAACAGUUCUAUAUAUCAUGAAUUGUUGAUAGACUUUUCUGGCGGCGUAGGUUUCUACAAGUGUUGUUAUCAAACUACACUUAAUGGGUCUGCGGACGGAAUUAAUGUGGACGAAAUCUGCUUCAAUGUGAAAAUAAAGCCAAACGAUCCAAGUGCCACAUCAAGUCCGACCGACGUACAAUUUAUACGUCCUAUGGCCAAUACAACAUUUAUUUGCCUUCCCAACGCAACAUGCCAUGUUACAAUUGCAACGCCAACCCAAAACGGCACUUGUGUUCAAAUAAGUGAAUGCAACACCGUACUUCCCAGCACCCACAUAGAGUUACUAAGCAACGCAAACGGAGAAUGUUUUAUAGAUAUAGGAUAUACAACGAACGGAUUACACGGAUUUGGAGACCUUUGUCUAACAUCUGGCCAAGGCAGAGAACGCCAUGUUUUCUUUGAUGUGCUCAACUCAACAGAGUUUGGUCCGUGUCAGAAGCUUCAUUGUCAGAAUGGUGGAAAAUGCAUCUCGCAAGACAAUGAACCUCAGUGCACUUGUAAUCCAGGAUGGACAGGCGAGACUUGCAGUUCAGAUGUCGACGAAUGUGCUGGUCAUCCAUGCAUAAAUGGAGGUACCUGUCAAAAUAAAUUCAACAACUACACAUGUGAAUGCGCGCCCGGGUAUACCGGUCAAAACUGCACUAUAGACAUUGUUGCCCACCUUUGUGAAAAUAUCACAUGUUCCGGUAAUGGUGUCUGCAAAGCUAACCAUCAGGUGUCAGCUGGAGCCUGUGUCUGUAAGCCAGGUUUUGUUGGCAAGGACUGUUCACAAGUGUAUAAUUCUACAAAAGACCUUCCUGGAGUCACAAACUUUACAAACUUUACCCAAACUAUAAACGACCCGAACACGCCCCAUUUCGACUCUACUCAUGGCAUUUUAAAGAAUGUAGAAUGUAUCGAGGGUCAUGAGUGCAUCGUUUCUAUCCCGUAUUAUGGGCUUCCGUCAAAACCCCCACUGCAAGCUUUCUGCAACGGAAACACUUCAUAUAUUGUUGAGAGUCCUGAUAUAGCUCACAACAAUUAUCAUGAACUGUUGGUACGAUUUUCGAACGGAGCAGGAUUGUAUAAGUGUUGUUAUCAAACAACUAUUAAUGGAUCCGAAAAUGGAACAAAUGUCGAUGAGAUUUGCUUUGAUGUGAAUAUCAAAAUUAAUGAUCCGAGUGCCACUGAUAGUCCGACCAACUUACAUAUUAUACGUCCCGCUCCUAAUUCCACAUUCAUUUGCCUUCCCAACGCUACAUGCCAUUUGACAAUCGCAACGCCGCCCCAAAACGGCACUUGUGACCAAAUAGUUGAAUGCAAAACUCGAAUACCUAAUACUCACAUCGCCUCAGUCAACAAUGUGAAUGGACAAUGUUUAACAGACAUAGGAUAUACAACGAACGGAUUGCAGGGUCUCGGAGACCUUUGUCUUACAUCACGCCAAGGCGGUGAACACCAUGUUUUCGUUGAUGUACAGAACUCGACAGAGUUUGGGCCGUGCCAAAAGCUUCACUGCAUGCACGAUGGAAAAUGCAUUUCACAGGAAAAUGCGCCCAAGUGCUACUGUAAACCGGGCUAUACAGGCCAUGAUUGCGAUACAGAUGUUGACGAAUGCUCUGUUCAGUCGUGUCAAAAUGGAGGUACAUGCCACGAUGAAGUCAACAACUACACAUGCGAUUGCACGCCUGUUUUUACCGGUCGAAACUGCGACAUAGACAUUGUCGCCCUGCUCUGUGAAAAUAUCACUUGUUCCGGUAAUGGUUUCUGCAAAGCUUCCCACCAGCUACCAGUUGGUGCGUGUGUUUGUAAGCCAGGAUUUGUUGGCCAGAAUUGUUCAGAAGUGUACAAUUCAACACAAGACCUUCCUGGAGUCUUUAACUUACCACAAUCUGCAAACGCCACGGACACGCCUCAUUUCGACUCUACACAUGGAAUUAUUAAGACAAUAGAAUGUAUUGAGGGUCGUGUGUGCAUUGCUCCCAUAUCGUACUAUGGACUCGAGUCAAAACCACCAAUAAAGGGAUUCUGCGACCUAAAUGUUACAAACGUCGUCAAAACGCCGUAUCCAACAAACAACAAUUAUCAUGAGCUGGUGACAAACUUUACAGGAGCAGUCGCAGGCUCCUUUAAGUGUUGCUAUCAAACUACAAUGAAUGGAACCGAAGAAGGAAUAAAUCUAGAUGAAAUUUGCUUUGAUGUAACCAUGAAACAUAACGAUCCAAGUUUCACAGCAAGUCCGAUUGCGUCAAACAUUUUACGGCCAAGUGCAAAUUCAACGUUUAUUUGCCUUCCCAACGCCACAUGUCAUUUUACAAUUGCAACUCCUCUUAACAACGGCACAUGUGACCAAAUAAGUGAGUGCAGCAACAGUCUUCCUAGCACCUAUAUAGUGCCAAUCAAUAAUGCAAACGGAGAAUGUUUAACAGACAUAGGAUAUACAACAAACGGAUUACAGGGCUUGGUGGAUCUUUGUCUAACGUCAGGCCAAGGCGUCGAGCACAAUAUCUUCGUUGAUGUACGGAACUCCUCAGAGUUUGGACCGUGUCAGAAGAUUCAUUGCAAAAAUGGUGGAAAAUGCGUCACGAAAGGAGGAAGUGGACCUCAAUGCACUUGCGAACCAGGAUUUACAGGCCAGGAUUGUGGAUCAAAUGUCUGUAAUCCUUCACCGUGUCAAAAUGGAGGGACAUGUCGUUAUUCUGUCAGCACCUACGUUUGUGAAUGUGUCUCUGGAUAUACCGGUUCAAACUGUAGCAUAGAUGCCUGUAAUCCUUCCCCAUGCAAAAACGGCGGGACAUGUCGUCAGUCUGUCAACUCCUACACGUGUGAAUGUGUCCCUGGGUAUACCGGUUCAAACUGUAGCAUAAAUCCAAAUGAAUGCAACCCACAAAACAACUGUAAACAUGGUACAUGCAUUGAUGGAAUAAACAACUAUACUUGCAAUUGCAACGGGACAGGAUUUCAAGGAAGCUAUUGUGAAAGAGAUAUAGACGACUGCAUAAGUUCACCCUGUAACAAUGGCGGUACAUGUAUAGAUGGUGUCAACUCAUACACAUGCAAGUGCAUUCUUGGCUGGGAAGGGGGCCGCUGCGACACAUGGAAUGCACAAGCAAUCGACGAAUGCGUGUCUAAUCCGUGUCAGAACAACGCCACCUGUAUUGAUGGAUCAAACAGUUAUUCGUGCAUAUGCAGGCCAGGUUACACAGGUUACAACUGUCAAAACGAAACAAACAAAUGUGCAUCUGGGCCAUGUAAAAAUGGUGCUAUAUGUACAAAAGUGGCUAACGGAUUUAAGUGCGCAUGUCCACCUAACCACCCCGGCCUUCAAUGCGAAUUAGAUUUAGGCGGAUCCUUGAAUGAACCAAGGACACCAAACAAUCCGAACCCUCCUCGGUUUACGGAAUUCACGAUUCCGGAGAUCAUUCGAUGUCAGGUGAACGCGCCAUGUGCAAUUGUACUGCCAGUAGAUGGAGACCCUAAUACACCACCAGUACUACUGACUGGUUACUACUCGCCUGGACUGAUAGUCCACCAGCCGAAAUCAACGCUAAGUUACCCGCCAAAUUGCAGCAACAAUGGUAAAUGUUCGUACGACGCCUUUAUAUCGGUCAAGGCAACAUACGUGGGCAUUUUUAAGUAUUGCGUGCAGACAUCUGACUAUCACAGUGUAAACGCCGACGAACUUUGCUACCAAAUCGAGUCCUUCAUUCCGAACUCACAUAAUCCUGGCAAUAGCAGUUUUGUGCAGCCACCUACAAUGCCAAACAACUCCACAAUGGCAUGUCCGGUGGGAAAACCUUGCCUGUACAUAAUUGAAACGAAGAAACCCCCGGGUGGUCAAUGUAACGCAUCCAUGACGCCGGAAAUUACGCCCGACAACACAAUGGUUAAUUUGGUUCCUACUGUUGAUAACGCUACAUGCAAAUAUGAUGUUGUCUUCACUCCAGCUGCUUCUUUGAAUGGGACGAAGGUUCAAUUAUGCUUCAGUUUCUCCGAUCGGCAUUGCACCAAUGUAAAUGUCAACUCAAAGGAGGCUAUAGCUGAGAAUUCAGGACCUUGCAGCAAACUUCAUUGUACCAAUGGAGUUUGUAAAUCCCCAAAUGGUACUGCAAGUUGCCGAUGUAAGCCUGGAUUUACGGGACAAUCGUGUGAGAAAAAUAUUGAAGAAUGUGAGAUCAGCUCUGUUCCAUCAAGCAUAACAUGCGGUCACUCUACGUGUGUUGUGGAUAUUCUUGUUACCGGAAGUCAAUCACGGCCAAUGGUUAAUGUGAAAUCUGGCAAUACGAUGCCCGUCAUUCAGGGUUAUGGUUCAGCGUAUACAAUUAGUGUUGAUAUACCGCAAUCGCUGGCUCCUGCAGAAGUGUGUUUUAACAUCAGCGCCCGCGGAACGUCAAGGGAAUGUGCUGUGUCUGCAUGUUCACGUGUCAUUUACUCUCCAACGGAGAUGGGCGUAAUUCCAGUUCUUAACUGCACAACACCUGACGGAGGCCGUGGUGAAUGUAACACAAUAGUCGUAACAACAAAGCCGCUUCAAAAUGGAACCUGCCCAGAAUUGUCCGUGCACCGCGACAGUACACUUGAGCAAGUUCACAUCUUCGACAACGAGCUGAUUUCACAGAACGGUACCAGCCCUCAUUGCAUGGCAGUAGUAUCUGCAUUUACACCAAAUGAAUCGCCGCAAAAACUGUGUAUAACAGAUACCGAUGGAAACGUGGUCUGCAUGAACACAACGGUCUCCACAUCUGUUCCGGGCAAUACGAAGUGUGCUAACGAGAAGGAGGCGGGAACGCGAGCGAAGAAACAAGUCAAGACGGGCCUUGUGAGCUGCGUGUGUACGAUAGACAAGGACAACAAAACCCCUGUGGAGAUCAUUAAGAGGAAACCUGUGCCACCAAGCGAUUCCUUGCACAAGGCUGCUGGUGUCGGGGCCGGUGGAAUGGCUGGAGCGAUGGUGGUAGGCGUGAUUAUCUAUCUGGCGAUCAAGAAGAUCAAAGGAAAUGGUGACUCGGAAACCAUUGAUGUAGUGUACAAGAAACCACUUCCGAUGUCUCGACCGCCGUCAAGGUUGUUCCCCACGCAAAAGGUCACGCCUACUUUGGCGCGUCGACAGGCUCGGCCACAGUUAGACUUCUAGAAUAAUUUCUUGAACGGUCAUGCCAGAGGAUUCAAUCCUCGUUAAUGCCAUUAUUAUAUACUUAAUUCAAUCUUUAUGUAUUUGAUGUUAACUGCAGUCGUUAUUCAAACAUGGUUAUUGACUAUUAUUAUAUGUUUUACUUUUUAUUUUUCAAGACUAUUGUUUAUUGUUCAUGCAUGAUAAUAAAUUUGAACUUUAUUAAACGGAUUUUACAGCAUUA